AUGAUUGGAAACGAUUCAUCCCAACAAGAGGGCUCAAGCAAAGCCAUUCCAAGGCGAAAGAAGUGGUUCUAUUUCAUUCAAUACUUUUUACUUUUUAUAUUGUUUGCUCAUGGCAUUCGGUCAGGCUUCUUUACACUUCUCAACCGAAGUCAAUUUAAAUCUGGAGCCACAAAUACAUUCUGUUCGAGGGCAACACCAGAAUCAGUUCGGGAUAAGCUUGUCAAUACAGGACACAAAUCUUCCGAGACGGAUGUUCUCAUCACACGAAAGGGAUUAAACGUGUUCAAUGACAAGGAUUUUAUGGAAUUGAAAGAAAAUCAUCAUUUGUGUGAAUAUCCACCAGGAUUGCAAUUUUCAAAGGUCAUUUGGUUCUUUACUGAUGGAUUACCUGUCAAGUACAGCAAAAAGACAUUUGACCAUUUCAGAGAUCAUAUGGUAUUAUACACGAUUGAUGUUCCUGGACCAAAAUAUUCACACGCUAUUUAUACAAGUUACAUGACAGGUCAGCUGCCAACGAAUUAUCAAGGUCAUGCAAUUGAAGGAGAUAGUUUGGUAAAAUCCAUGCAAAGAAGUCCGAGUAUGGGUCCUUUGACAUAUAUUGGACCAGAAUGGAGUUUCUUGGCCAUUCAUGGCUCAAAGAAUUACGAUAAAUUAUUUAAACGGAUUGUUAUUAAGGAAGAACCUUUAGAUCAGCCGCAUGACCAAGGAUAUCGAUUCUUCUUCUCGAAUGAGGAUGCUAGAAAAUUCUAUCAUGAAACUUUGGAUACAAUUAAGGCUGAAGGUGGUUCAUUAUUUACACACUCUGCAAUUUUUGACCAUAUCAACCAUGGUAUUUUCAGACACGACCCAACUAAUUUGGAUUAUUUGAAUUACUUGUCCGAUAGAAUUGCAUCUGAUAUUAAUCCUUUGAAAGAUUGGAUUGACGCUAAUCCAGAUUAUUUGCUCAUUCUCUCAUCUGACCAUGGUACUGACGAUGUUUCAAACGGAUAUGUUCUUCAUGGCUACUCUAGAGAUGGUAAUGAAGGAUAUGUCAUGUUGUACAAUCCAAGAUUGAAGCCAUAUGAGGAAAGACUCGAUAUUGUGGACGUUUGUCCAACUGUUGCAAAAUUCUUGAAAGAUGUUGACAUUCCUGCUGACAAUAUUGGAGUAUCAAGAGCGUACUUUGGUGGUGACGACGAAUCACUCAAAUAUAGGUCAUAUGUUCUCAAAGAAAGCUUGGUACAGUUGACUGAUACCACAACUAGAAGAGGAACAGAUUUGUUGAGAUCAGCUUCGUCCAUUUUGAAUUUAUUGAAAAUGGAACUUGAAGAUUUAGCGUUUAAUGAAAAGUUUAAGAAUAUCAACGAGUUUAAUGACGAACUUUCAAAAUUGGCAGUCGGAAUGAAAAGAAAGCUCUACCAGCUGCUUGACAAGCCUGUUUUUUGGGUAUUUUUCUAUGGUUUCUUUGCCUUAGCGAUGGUUGUUAUCGGUCUAUACCGAUUCAAUUUCCAUGCAAUCCAUUUGAUGGCAGAGAAAUUCUUUUCCAAGUCACUAUAUUUAUUAGGAAUUUUAGUACCACUCUAUUUUGGCUCCUAUGUCAAUAUUUUGUUCUGUUGGGACACAUGGAAGAAUGUUGUUCGUAGCGGCUCUCCAUUUUUCGUUUGGCAAGGAUUUUUAACAGUAGUAUUGUUCUUUGUUCUGUAUCAAUGCGCUAUUCAUUUACUGAGAAGCAACACAAAGAGUGACAAGGAGAAACCUUCAGAAAAUUUUUCACUGAUUGGAUGGAAAAUGUUUAUUUUCUGUAUUAUUGACAUGACUUUCUUUGCUCUUUAUAAUUUAUUUAGAAGACAAUGGAAAUGGGGAAUGGAGUAUAUUUUACCUCUCCAAUACUUUGCCUUAAUCCAUUUUGUUUGUGACUUCUGUGGAUACAGCGUCUUUGGAUUAAUUACAUCGAGUGCUCUUUACGUUAUACGAAAAAUACGACGAUCGACACCUGUUCCAACAAAGAAGUCAGCUAGCAAGAAUUCAUGGUUUCAUUUCUUUUACUGCUUUGCUAUGAUGAUGCUGUUAUUCUUGUUUGAAUACACGAGUGUGAGAGAAACAGCACCUCAAGAGCAAAAAGCCCUCUAUGUGCACUAUUACACCAUUGCUGGAUUCCACAUUUACUACUUGGCAUUCCUUAUCAUGGCGAUUGUGUACACAUGUUUCGUGCUGCUAUUCAAUCCAAAACGCCUAGAUCGACUUCUUGUACCUGCAAUUUUAUAUGCCUUUGCCUUAAUGAGAGACACUCCAUAUGGUAGAGUGGUGACAUUGCUUCAAAACAUUCAAUAUUGUUACUUCCUAGUUCCUGCUUAUAUUAUUGCCAAUAAGUAUUGCUGUAAAGUGAAAAAGGAAGAUAAGGGAUAUUCAUCGAAUGCCAAUUCUCCACAUUUUGAAGAAGAGGAAACGAAACAUCACUUUUUCGAUCUUCUCCAACUUGUCAUGUCCGUUUUCUUUUUAAACCACUUUAUGUAUGGAUUCCACGUGGGUAAAGAAGAACGAUUGGAUGUGGAUGCUCACCCUAUGGCUGGUGCAGUUGGAAUGAAAUCUCAUCAACAACAUCCAAACUUUAAUGCAUUCCAAAUGGGUUACGAACGAUGGCAUAUGGCAUUAAUUUGCACAUUAUACUUUUGGUCUGUACUGCAUCGUGAAAAAGAUGACACUCAUUUCACAAAAUCCGAACAAGAAAGCAAGGAUGCUGACAGAUAUUAUGUCACUGAUGUCAUUCUCAAUACUUUUACUCUGAUGGUUUUGAACGCUCACGUCUUUGUAAAUCUCAUGCUUUGCUACAUUACCAUGGAUCACGCCUUCCAAGAAACCAUCGUCUAUUUGAUUGUGAUUGCUGUUUCUGCCACCCUAUUUACAGGAUUUAACAUGAUUACAAGGUAUUCUGUCUUUGUGAUUGAAUUUAUCCUGAGUAAGGUUCCAAACGGAAGAUUUAAAACUCUGGUGCAGCAAGUGUUUUUGAGUCAGAACGAACCAGAGAUGGACGAUAUUCUUCCGCUGGUUGGGAAUAAUUUGGCCAAUGGCAGCAAAGAAGUUUAA